CUAUGUGGGAGGAGUUUUAACGUUCUUUAUAACCCAAGCGUAAUGAUUGCGCCAACCUGAACAACACAUUGAUCCAGAAUCUAAAGGAGGACAAAGCAUCAGUGUUUGUACUGAGGAAGGCUGAGCAUCAAGACUCGAACUUGGACCAUGGAUUUGACAGCUGAGAGCCACUCCAUACCUUUGAGUGAUGGAAAUAAGAUACCUUUGAUAGGACUUGGGACUUAUGGGAAUCCUCGGAUGACCCCUAAAGGAACUGCAUAUGAAUCAGUCAAAGUGGCCAUUGAUGCAGGGUACAGACACAUCGAUGGAGCUCUGGUCUAUUACAAUGAACAUGAGGUGGGGCAAGCAAUGAGGGAAAAAAUUGCAGAUGGAUCCGUAAAAAGAGGGGACAUCUUCUACUGUGGAAAGUUAUGGAACACAUUCCACAACCCAGAAUUGGUUCGACCUACUUUGGAGAGAACAUUGAAGACAAUACAGAUGGAUUAUGUUGACCUCUACAUUAUUGAGAUGCCCACAGCCUUCAAGCCAGGAGAUACAUUUUACCCCAAAGAUGACAGUGGGAAGAUAAUUUAUCAUGAGACAGACCUCUGUGCUACAUGGGAGGCUUUAGAGGCCUGCAAAGAUGCUGGGCUUGUAAAAUCCCUCGGAGUAUCCAAUUUCAACAAACGGCAACUGGAGCUGAUCCUUAAUAAACCAGGACUAAAACACAAACCUGUGUCCAACCAGGUUGAAUGUCAUCCCUAUUUCACACAACCAAAGUUGCUUGAAUAUUGUCGGCAACAUGGGAUCGUGAUUGUGGGAUACAGCCCCCUGGGAACUUCAAGAGAUCCAUUCUGGGUAAACCUAAAAUGCCCUCCAUUGUUAGAAGAUGAGCUGCUGGUAUCAAUUGCUAAAAAAUACAACAAGACCUCAGCUCAGGUGGCCCUGAGGUUCAAUGUUCAGAGAGGAGUGGUUGUGAUCCCAAAGAGCUUCAGCCCUAAUCGCAUAAGGGAGAACUUUCAGAUAUUUGACUUCUGUCUUUCUGAGACUGAGAUGAAGGCUGUUGAAGGGCUGAACAAGAAUAUUCGUUUUGUGGAGCUUCUAAUGUGGUCUGAUCACCCAGAGUACCCAUUUCAUGAUGACUACUAGAAUUGUUUGUGAAUGUACCUUUUAUAUAUCAUUAUAAUUGAUUCUUAAAUCAUUCGUUUUUAUUGAUGAUUUUAAAAUAUUUUUUGUGGCUGAUUAAUAGCCAAGGAAUUGCUGAGUUGUAAUGUGACUAGAUGAGUGGAAAAGAAUGGCUGAAUGUAAUAUGAUCAUGGUAAACAUAUUAAAUAUAAACAAAUGUGAUUGUGCCAAUUCAAUUUGUGUAAUAAUGCCCUUUACGGGGUAAUCGUACUAAAGUCCAUUAAUUAAUGUUGCUAAAUAUAAUAUUUACUACCUGG